AACAUGUUUGUUUAAAAAUAACUGAUCAAAAAUACAAGAACUUUUUGGAAAAAACUAAACAAAAACUAUAAAUUUUAAGAGCAUAAUCAUAUUUUUGUGAAAAUAAAAAACAAUAAUUGAUAAAGGAAUAAAAUAACCAAAUAAAAAUCAUGAAAGCCACAGCCAGGACUCCCAUGAGGGCUAUGAGACCACCGCUGCAACAGAAAGACGCUCGUUUACGUACACAGCUAUCGCAAGAAAACAUUGAAAAUUGUGCACGACAAAAAGAUCCGGUACAUGUAUUCUGUCGUGUGAGACCAUUACCCUCCGAUGGUGAUUUAUCCUGUGUAAGAGUAAAAAAUUCCACUAGCAUUGUCCUAACUUCACCCGAACAGGCAUUGGGCUCUAAACAGGGUGCUUCAAAAGAAACUCAAUAUAUAUUUAAGCAUGUCUUUGAAGCGAAUGCCACUCAACAGGAUGUUUUCGCUGGAGUUGCUCAACCCUUGGUGGAGAAUUUAAUACGAGGUCGUAAUAGUCUAUUAUUUACCUAUGGUGUCACUGGCAGUGGUAAAACAUAUACAAUGACGGGCGAUACAAGACACCGAGGCAUUAUGCCCAGAUGUUUGGAUGUUUUGUUUCGUACCAUAUCGGAUUAUCAAACUAAAAAAUACAUUUUCAAACCAGAUCGUUUGAAUGGUUUUGAAAUUUUAUCUGAAACAGAUGCUCUAUUGGAACGACAACAAGAAAUGAAUCAACGUUUUGCGGGUAGAGGUGUCUUAAGACGUAAAGAUUCAGAUCCCGAAAUAGCUUCACAGGCCUCGUGUGAUAUGGCUCCUUUACAGGGCAUUGAAGAAGAUAAUAUGUAUGCGGUUUUCAUAACUUAUGUUGAAGUAUACAAUAAUAGUGUAUAUGAUUUACUGGAAGAAGGUGGCAUUCAGAAAACUUUGCAAAGCAAAAUUAUUCGCGAAGAUGCCAAUCACAACAUGUUUGUACAUGGUGUUACCGAAAUUGAAAUCAAAUCCGUCGAAGAGGCCAUAGAAGCCUUUCAAACUGGCCAAAAACGUAAACGUAUGGGUCAUACGGUACUAAAUGCCGAAUCUAGUCGUAGCCAUUCCGUCUUCAAUAUACGUUUGGUACAAGCGCCCACAGAUUGCCAAGGUGAAAAUGUUGUACAAGAUAAACGUACCAUAACCGUGAGUCAAUUGUCUCUGGUAGAUUUGGCUGGCAGUGAAAGAUCAUCACGUACUAAGAACACAGGAAUGCGUUUGAGAGAAGCGGGUAAUAUCAACAAUUCUCUAAUGACUUUACGUACUUGCUUGGAAUAUUUACGAGAAAAUCAACAAACUGCUGCCUCGAAAAAGGUGCCCUACCGCGAUUCGAAAAUUACACAUUUAUUUAAAAAUUAUUUCGAUGGCGAAGGUCAGGUGUCGAUGAUAGUGUGUAUAAACCCGCGGGCGGAAGACUACGAUGAAAAUACGCAAGUUAUGAAAUUUUCCGAAAUGACCCAAGAAGUGCAAAUAGCACGCGCUGCUCCCAUCAAAACAGAUUUAGGUUUAACGCCUGGUCGUCGCAAGGCUAAUAAACUUUUCAAGAUUGCUGUAAAUAAUCUCAAUGAUUUGGGCUAUAGUGAGGCGAAAACUUUAGAUGUGGAUGUUGGUUUGGUUUAUACCUUGGGUCCCAACUUUCCGGAAUAUAAAUUGGAUGGCCCAGAAGCUGAUUCCACCAUCAAAGAUUUGAUGCAGUAUUUGUUGCAGCGUAUAGAAAAAAGAAAAUUACUUAGUAGUGACUUGGAAACAAGAUUCGAUAAUUUCCGCUUACAUUUGAUGCAAAUGGAAAGAGAAAAUCUCUCCUUACGCACCGAAUUAGCCUCCCUUAAGGCAGUCUAUAAACAAGAACGUGAUCGUUCUUAUGCUCUGGAAAAUAAAAUACGUGUUCAUGAAAGCUCUAUUGAUGUGCUUAACAAUAAGUUGGGUAAUCGUGAGCGGCAGAUCGAUGAGUUGACGCGUAAACUUAGAGAUCAUCAAAGUAUGCUCAGUCGAAAGGAACAAGAGAAAGAAAAUCAAAAGAAGAAAUUUAAUUCAAAACUAGCUGUUGAAGUGGAAAAACUUGAUCGUUUACAUGAUCUGAAACAUGCUAAAUUACAGUGUAAAAUUCGUAGUAAAGAUGAAAAGCUAAAAUUAUUGUCGAAUAUAAUACAAUCGGAUGAAAUGACCGUUAGAAUGCCAAGAUCGAGAAGUUCCGAUAAUUUGUCGGUGGAUAAGGAAAUGCCACAGCCUGCAGAAUCAGUGCGAACCGUACCAACGGCCACAGCUACACCUAGAACAGAUUUGUAUAGCACACCUAGAGUGCCAAGGGGCAUGGCCGCUGCUAACAAACGUCAUCGUCGUUCUCGAUCAGCCGGUGAAAAAUGGAUUGAACAUCGUGCGCCAAAUCCCGUGCCACUCGGCACUAUUUUACAACCCUAUCUUAAGAAUCGCAAAUCAAUAACCAAACUGCAAGAUAUGAAAGAUUUAACGGGACACAAAGCCAACAAAUACAUACUCGUGUCCCAAGAUGCCGAUACAGAUGGUGAUGUCGAAACUAAACUUUUCAAAGGCAAUAUUAUACCGACAUGUGGCGGUGGAGCCCAAGUUGUUUUCGAUGAUGUGGAGUGCCUAAAACAAAAAUCACCAGUACCUUCGCCCAAUCGCAAAAGGCCCAGUAAUGGUGGUGUACUCAGCAAUAUUGGCACUACAGUUUCAGCUCUCUCAGCUAUAACCAGCAUAAAUUCAGCCAAUGAAAUUGCCUCCAGAUGUAAUGUUGGCAUUGAGGGACAUACCGUUAAACGCACCAAAGUGUAAAGUGUUGCUAUUUUUUUUUUUGACUAAUAUCUCUUAAUAUUUCUGUCCAUUUGACUUGAAACUAUCUCAUUAUAAUUAUUAUUUACUAGAUUAUUAUUAUUAUUAUUUCAAACGAACGUAUGUAUUUUUUAUUAGUAUUUUACUUUUAAUAUUGUUAUGGAAUUAUAUAAUUCAGAUUUAUAAAAAUAUAUUUUUAUUUUUUUCUCUCACACCCAGUGUUCUUGAAACGGGUUUCGUACUUAUUCAGUUUUGAAUUUAAAAACAAAUUUUUUUAUAAUGAAGUAUUUUUUUUCUUUCUUUUAUUUUAAAUAUUGCUACUGUUUGUAGUAUUUUUUUCUUCCUUUAACUUUUAUUAAUAUAUAGAUGUGAAUAUAAAACGCUAUAUAUUUAUAAGAUAUCGCAAGAUUCACUCUUAUUUUAUAAUGGUUAUAAAACUAAAAAAAAAAAUAAACAUCAUCGUAUUAAACCAAUUGAUUUGAUUGUAAAAGUAUUAACUAAAUAUAUACAUAUAUUUUAGUACAUUUGUUUUUAGUUCGGGAUCAGGUUUAAAUUUAGCAAAUAGUUAAAAGAAACUAAAAUAAAUUUUUGAUAUGAUACUGCAAA